CGUCCACAAAGUACAGGCUGGGCGGUCAAGGGGUGUCACUCAUUUCCUCUAGUGAUUUUGACAAAUCAGAAGCUUGAAAGCAGGGAAAUCCUCAGCAUAUUUCCAGAACUCUCCGUCCAGCCUGGUGGUUGAGCAUCUGUCUCCCUUACCGAGAGUGGCCAGCCACAGUGCUCCAGAGUGGUCUGCAUGAUGUCCAAGCACCUUAGCCUGGUGUUGCUUCUCGCUUCUAUUUGGACCACUAGGCUCCUGGUCCAAGGUGCUGUCGAAGUGCACGAACUUUCCAUUUCCAUAUGCAGAAUCAUGGGUGUCGCCCUUGUGGGCAGAAAGGCAAACCCACAGUUGGAUUUCACGGAAGCCGGGGAGGCCUGUAAGGCGCUGGGACUGAGCCUGGCCAGCAAGGACCAGGUGGAAGUAGCACAGAAGUCUGGCUUCGAGACUUGCAGCUACGGAUGGGUUGGAGGGCAGAUCUCCGUCAUCCCUCGGAUUUUCCCAAAUCCCAAGUGUGGGAAGAAUGGGAAAGGUGUCGUGACUUGGAAUGCUUCUCCUAGCCAGAAGUUCAAAGCCUAUUGCCACAACUCAUCUGACACCUGGGUUAACUCGUGCAUCCCAGAAGAAAUCACCACAUUCGACCCCAUGUUCGACACUCAAACACCGUCAACCGAGUUUUCUGUCAGCAACAGUGCCCACUCAACUCCACACACGGACUCCACGACGCAAGCUUCUGCUACCACCCGGGCUCCGCCUUCCACCUCCAUGGCCCGGAAGACAAAAAUGAUUUGUGUCACGGAAGUUUAUACGGAACCAUACACCAUAGCUACAGAAACAGAGCCAUCAAUUGAAAGUGGAGCAGCAUUCAAGAAUGAAGCAGCUGGGUUUGGAGGUGUCCCCACAACCCUGCUGGUGUUGGCUCUCCUUUUCUUCGGUGCUGCAGCUGCUCUGGCUGUUUGCUACGUGAAAAGGUAUGUGAAGGCCUUCCCUUUCACAAACAAGAGUGAACAGAAGGAAAUGACCGAAACCAAGGCUGUAAAGGAUGAGAAAGGUGAUGACGUCAACGCUAAUGAAGAAUCAAAGAAGAGUGUUAAAAACCCAGAGGAGCCCAAGAGUCCACCCAAACCUGCGAUGCGAUGCUUAGAAGCUGAGGUUUAGAUGUGAGAGAGUGGAGAAGGUACAUCUGAGGAGGCAAGUGUCACUCCAGGGAACCAAGGAGGCAAGCCACGGCUGGUUCCUAAUGAGAAAAAAGACUGCAGAGUUCCCCAAAGGGUGCUCCUUACUGCAGUCCUCGCCAGACUGUACCCUCCGACCUCUAACCUUCCCACAACCUCCCUAGCCUGCCUGUGUCUCACAGCUGACCAGAGCGUGGCAAGCUUUCACCGCACCGGGCCCUAAAACAGCCCCUCGGCUCACACUCAUGGACAGGCCUCCAGGCUGCCUGACCCCAGAUGAGGGCCAGAGUCCCUGAGACAUGCCAGCCCCAUAAGUCCAAAAUCUUCGCACAGGGAAGCACAGCAGCGGGUCAUGCUCUUUGAACCAGGCACACAUAAAGUAGGCAAGGAAAGCAACAGAAGGCGACUUGAGACCAAAUCUCUGGGAAGCCAAAAUAAACAGAGCACUAGAAGGGAGCUGGGCACACUGAUAGCAGCCUUGUUGACAGACCACAAAUAUAGGCUGGAACGGGGAGCCUCUCAGUGACUAGAUCCGCAUUACUUCCUAGAACAUAGACACACUUUCUUUUCUCUCUACUGUGCCUGCUGUUCUCUGUAGACAAAUAACACUUUUGUAAGAAAUCUAAAAC